CAACCUCAAAAUAAUCACUGUUGCAACAAAAUACAUGUUAAUAAGCACACUGCAUAAACAUAAUAAACAAUGUCUGAUAUAGAAAUUAAAGAAGAAAUAAUCGCAGAACUACGAAAACUAGAAUGCUGCGAUCGUUGUAUUUUGCACCACUUGAAUGUUACUGAUCCAGAGCAAUAUGUGUGCCCCGAACUCUACUUUGAUAAGAUCAAAAAAACAGAAGAGAAUGAUGUUAAAAAAUUUAAAGCUAAUAUAUGCAGAUUAUGUUUGGACAUACUGCAAGAGGAGACAUUGGAUGAAAUUGCCCAUGCAAUAGAAAAUUCCAACAUUGCUGACUAUAAAACUGACGAAUUUUAUGCCAAUAUUAGUUUACCUAAAAGUAUAUUCUUAAGAAAGCAUGCUAUUAGUAUUUACUUAAAGGAAGAGUUUCCUGCUUUUUACAACAAUGACUUUGUAUUAGAAACCAUGAGCAAAAUUGUUAGGUAUUCAAUUAACAAUAAACUUGCCAAACAAUUAAAUAAAAGGCAAUCCAAAAAUGCAAACUUCGAAAUCAACAUCAACAUUGGAUACAAAGAUGAUGAAACAGAGGUUGAAAAUGUCUGUAACUUAGAUAGGAAUAAAUUUAAACCAGGGAGGAGUAAGAAAGCUGUCAGCAGAAAUGAUAUAUUUAUUAUUUUGGAGACUGUAAAAGAUCCUGUGUUUAAAAGUCAUUUUUGUACCGUUCCCCCAGUGCCAAAUCAAAAAGUUCACUUGGAGGAGGUCACCUUUGUUUCAGCACCCAUUUACAUUGGAGGUAGAUACUUGAAGUUCUCCAGAAAACUGGCACAAACACCCUGGGUGGUGGAUGGCAAAAAAGUUGUUGAGCAUAGUGUACAGGAUAUUUUGUUUGACGCAAUUGAAAAAAUUAUUGGAAAACAGGAGAAGAUGGUCUUUUCUUCAAGUGGUAGGGAAGAUGUGGAUGUUAGAAUGUUGGGUCAAGGUAGACCAUUUUAUAUUCAAAUUGAUAAUCCUAAAAACAGGUGCAUUUCCAGAGAGGAUUUUAAAAAAAUUGAAUGUGAAAUUAACAGCAGCAAGUUAAUGGCUGUUAAAUACAUGCAGCUUGUCUACAAAUCUGAUAUAGCCAAAAUAAAAGAUGGCGAGGAAAACAAAAAGAAAAUUUACAGUGCUUUGUGCUACACAAAUGCCUCAGAUGUGAAUGCCAUUGUUGAUUUAAUUAAUGCAAAAGGUGAAGUUGAGUUGUCACAAAAAACACCAAUUAGAGUCUUGCAUAGACGAAACCUGGCUGUUAGGAAAAGAAUGAUUUAUGAAAUGGAAGCUGCACCAGUGCCAGACAAGAAAAAUUUAUUUAAAUUAAAACUGGUGACACAGGCUGGUACUUAUGUAAAGGAAUUUGUACAUGGGGACUUUGAAAGAACUGUACCUAAUAUUGGUAUAAUUACAGGAUCUGAAUGUGAUAUUCUGGCUUUAGAUGUUUUGGACAUUGAGUUAGAUUGGCCUGAGAACAAACUGGAGUCAAACGCAACUCACGAAACAAAAUGUAAUAUUUUUUGCACGUAAUAAAAAAUAUUUUAUAUUAA